CGCCGGCAGCCAGCGGUGAGGCGGCGCGGCCGGGCCCGCCGCGGGGCCCCGGCAGUGUCAGCCUCCGGUGCCUACUGAGGGGCUCGAAAGGAGGAAGGAGGCUAUCCUGGAGUGCGGGGUGUUUGUGGAGCGCAGGGGAGCUGUGGCUGUUCGGCUGCGGGGACGCCAGGCAGGCAUGGUGGGCUAUGACCCCGAGGCCAAGUGCGUCUCCACGGUGGAAGCAGCCGCAGCGGGAUCAGCGUCUGGCUUGGUCACUCGGGUCCUUGUCAGUCCCUUGGAUGUUCUCAAGAUCCGUUUUCAGCUACAGAUUGAGCAGCUUUCCUCCAGAAACCCAGGGGCUAAGUAUCAUGGCAUCUUGCAAGCUGUACAACGCAUCUUUCAGGAAGAGGGCUUGGUAGCCUUCUGGAAGGGCCACAUUCCUGCUCAGUUCCUUUCAGUUGGCUAUGGAGCUGUUCAGUUCAUGGUAUUUGAGAGCCUGACCAAGCUGGUGCACAACGUCACCCCAUACAACGCCCGCGAUUCCUUCGUGCACUUCGUCUGCGGUGGGCUGGCUGCCUGCACGGCCACCGUCACGGUUCAGCCGGUCGACACGCUGCGCACCCGCUUUGCUGCCCAGGGUGAGCCCAAGAUCUAUCACAACCUCCGCCAUGCAGUGGUGACCAUGUACCAGACAGAAGGGCCUCGGACCUUCUAUAGAGGUCUGACCCCCACAAUCAUUGCUGUUUUUCCAUAUGCUGGCUUCCAGUUCUCCUUCUACAACAUCCUGCAGCAGUUUUCUGAAUGGGUGCUUCCAGCUGAAGGAAAGAAUGGAGGCAAUGUGAAAAACCUUGUCUGUGGGAGCUGCGCCGGAAUCCUCAGCAAAACCCUCACCUACCCUUUCGACGUGUUCAAAAAACGACUGCAAGUGGGGGGCUUUGAGCAAGCCCGGGCAGCCUUUGGGCAGGUACGGACGUACAGGGGUCUCCUGGACUGCAUGAGGCAGAUCUUGCGAGAGGAGGGCCCGGGUGGGUUCUUUAAGGGCCUCUCACCCAGCUUGCUGAAGGCUGCUGUCUCUACUGGCCUGGUCUUCUUCUGGUAUGAGCUGUUUUGCAGCCUGCUGUUUGCCCUGAAGAGCACCGACAGCACUGCAAGGAAGGAAGGCUGAAAGGGACGUGUGUGGCUAUCUGGUGUGCUCCUGGAGGAGCAGAAACUGGGCUUUGCUCUGCCAUGAGCGUGUUGGAAACAUCAGAGCUCCACCAGCCUGUCGGAAAUCAUCUCCUGGGACCAAGCAGAAGGAGAGGGUGACUGCAGUUCUGCAGAAGACCAUGAACUGCUUUGCUGGAAGCUGUUCAGCUGAGCACUUUUCUCUCUGUCUCCCCCAGUAUCAGCACAGAUUUGGUGGGGAGAGAGAGAACCAAGAAGACACUACCUAGCAGAGCCUGAGCUCUCACAAGGUACCAGCUCAGGUGGGUGAAUUCCUGCACUUGCCUGGAUCACAGAGGUGGAUCCUGGCCUAGGUAGUGCUGCGUACCCAACAUGAAGCCAUUUUGUGUCGCUGUACCCGCACAGAUUUCUUUCCUUGCUCCCUGGCCUGCUGUUUGCAGCACCUUCUCUCUGUGUCGCACAGGUAGCUCUGUCCUGCUGUCAUGAAGUCAGUUCCACCUCCUUAAUGUGCACAGCUUCUCACUUUGCCUUCUCUUUGCUGCCAGCUGCUGCUUCCUGAUGACCACUUGCUGGCUGCAUGCCCUCAGCCACCUUAAACACAGAAUCCAGUGGCUCAUGCUGUCACAAACUUUCUUUAAUUCUGGUGAGCUUGAUUGUAUUCUAAGUGCCCAUUUCUCUUCCUUUCUGUCUUGCCAUACAUCCCUUGGGGUCCUGCAUUGCCUCAGUCACACUUUUUCCAAGUAGACCUGAAGAUUAAGAACCCCUCUUUAAGGGGAUUCAACGCACAAACCCAAUUCUUACUUCAGGGUUCUUUGCUUCAAUGCAGGGAGUAAAGAAAUGCUUUACAGAGUCUUAGAGAUAUUUAGUCUAAGUUAGGAUAAUGAAGGGAAAAAAAUCCUGUGGAAACUACUAAAUGUAAUUUUUGUUGUUGUUUAAUAGCACUUGGGAAUAUUUCUAGCAAGUGUUUCUGUAGUGGCCUCAAAACAUUUCAGAUCCUCAGUCCUGGGGUGGUGUUAAGGGAUGAAAAUGUUUUGACUAGAUUGAAGUGAGAGGACUGCACAUCACACGGGAAUUGGUUCGUGUGACAUGGUGUUUGACAAGGAAAAGAUGAUUGAGUUAGAGAUGGAGAAGUGUUUUUCUGCAGUUUCAGUGGGCUUUUGAGUGUCUAAAGCCCCAGGAAAACAACUCUGAUUUACGUAACAGGGGAAAAGAGGAAAAUUACUUUCUUCCUCCUUUUUUAUUCUCUGUUUUUUCAAGCUGAGCAAGGUGUGGUUGGACCAGUGUGUGGAAGGCAGACAUCAAGGGAGAGGCACUGUGAUACAAAAGCAUGUUAGUCAUCUGGCCAGUGGUGGAUAGGGCAGAGCAAAGGCAGCUACUCAGAGCAUGGUUUGACAGUUCUCCUCUUAAUACAGUGCCUUUCGUGGCCCUUUUGCAGUAUUCAGGGUGUUAAUCCCCAAAGGUCUGGCCAGAUUCCAAAGUCACCAAUUCCAUUCUGUUGAUGCAACUUCUGGGGAUUUUGAGCAUAUCAGUGUUGCUCACUUAUUCUGAGCUAUUGUGAGAGGCUUUUUCACUAGUGGCUGAGAUAUUUAGAGAGAUCUCUUGCAAGCCCAGGCCAAAUGACUGCAUCUGCUGUGGUCUGAGAUCUUGGAGUGCAAAGAGGCUGUUUCACUGCAGGUGACAGGCUACAUAGAAUUUACUUGGCAGCAUCAGUGGCAGGAGACUGAUAAAUGUGAGCUUCAGAGGGGUGGUGUUAGCUGCAUGUACUCUAAAAAUGGGCAGGUUUGCUUGGAGGAGAAAAUAUGAAUGAAGUUUCUCAAUCCUAUUGGCUUCUUCCUGUGUUAUUUAGGCUCUUCUGAGAGUCCUCUUAAAUCUUCUUAACAGUGUUUUGACUUUGUUUAUUGUUCACCUGUUUUUGUUGGAAAGACAUCAUAACCAGCAUGAACUUAGCUUCACGACAUCCUCCUGAGGGACAGGAAUGUCUCAUAUGAAAGAGGUGCAAACAGGUUGAGAUUGUUGCUGCCUGCUGAUGGAGAGGAAUGCUCUCACAGCUAGCAGCCACAGCACUGGCCACAGCAGGAAGUUUUCUGUGCUGACCUGGGCUUCCAUAGGAAAUUGGGACCCGUCCAUCUUCUCUAAAUUUUACAAGACUCUUUGUUUGUUUUGCCACUUCAUCUCAAAGAGCCGCUGUUAAACUGCACAAAACAGGGGAAGACUGGCAGGAACUCAGCAACCUCUGCAAUAGGAGAUGAGCUGCUUAGGUAGUCACAAGGUAGAAGAAUAGAGGGCAAAGUGCUCUGCUAAAGUGAUGUACCCCAAGUGUGUUGUGGAGCUUGAGGUGAUGCAGGCAAACAGCUUUAGGGGUGAGUAACUUGGCUGCUCUGCAGAGAGGGUGACAGUGAGCAGUUUUUCCUCUCUAGUCUUUUCCUCCACUCCUCAUUAAAUGAGCUUGCCUCCAUCCAACAGAUGGCAAACCCAUGAAGGCACCUGCUCUGGUGAGUGAAGGAAAAAGAAGUGAGUACCUUAGCUGUACAGCAUUAGAAGUUGCAUCUAACAGUUGCUUCAUCCCUGGCCUCUGGUCAGCAGCAUCUCUCAUACACCUUUCCAGUGCACUGGGCUAAUGGGAGUCAUUGCAGGGGUGAGGAUUCUAAUGGGAAUGUUGCCUUCUCUUGGGACAGGAGUUAGUGCAGAGCACUAGGAGGGCAGGUCCCAUUUGUGGUGCUGCUCUGGCACAACACACACCCUGUGAGCUAAACCUAGAAUCAGAGAAGUGGAAGAUGGGAGAGGUAUGCAGUCAGUUUGUUCUGUCGGGACAGAUUUGCUCUCAGACUAGACAGCAGCUCAGUUUGAAGUGACUCCACACAGUGGGUGACUCACUGUGAGACUGCAUGGAGCUUUCCCGUUGGGAUAGCUGGGAUCUCACUCUGACGUAAUCCUAUCAAGUGGGCAUUAUGUUGCCUGAAGUUCACCUCACAAGCUGCUCAGCAGUUGCACUUGUUUUCUUGUAGUGCCUUUUACCACCAGAGCAUCCAAAAGCACUUUAGCAGCAGGCCAAGCACUGAAUGCAAGUUGUGCUGUAGUUGUUGGGGGAGACUCACCAUCAGCACACCAACGCACAAGUUCUGUGGUGAACACUCCAUGUCCUCAUCUGGAUCACUGAGUUCCUACCACAGUCCUGUUCUCAGGAUGCUCAUUCACAGCAUGGUUUGUGAGAGAGAAAUGAAUGUUUCACAGUGGGGCUUGGAGUAGAUUGUGUUUAAUUCGGGGUGAAGCUUUUCUUGUGACCUAGAACCUCUGCGGUGUUUUGCUGGAUCUUCUGCAGCUGCUGUUGUCUGUAGGCAGCCGAGCACGAUGCGCACAGCACCUGCCUGCCUCUGAGGAGAGGUGCAUUAAAUGUUUUGUUAUGCUCCUGUC